AUGUGUCCGUACUGGGAAGAGAUGCACAAGGCGGUGUCCGAGGUCAUUCGGCCGCUGUUGGUGCCGAGGACGGCGACGGCUGAGGAUGUGAGCAAGUACAUGACUCGUGUGGCCACCAUCUUUUUCAAGGACUUUCCUCCACAUGCAAGCUAUGUAGUCUCGGUCCGUCCCUUUACCUCCAAGCAGGUCACCUUUGAGCGCCCUCUCGAAACCAUCGACUUUACUGGCGGAGGAUACGCUCACGGCCCCGUCGAUGAUGCUCUCCUCGCGGCCGCUGACAUCCUCUCUCGCCUCUCAGCAUCCUCAAACAUCAGAAGAAAGGACAUUGUUCUCGUUACCGCCUCAAAGCCUUAUCCGCAAGGUGCUCUCAUGGGCGAUGCGGACGGCCCGCUCUCGUCGGACGUCGUCAUGAACCGCUUGGCAGGCGCCGGUAUCGUCUUGUCUGUCAUCGCCCCGCGGCCCAUCGACGGCAUUGUCGGUCGCGCCGCGGCCUCGACCCCGACCCUGCGUGGCACUAUCUCCGUUACUUCGACACCACGGCUGUACAAGGAGAUCCAGGGCUCAAUCGCCGCCAAGCCGUACCGCUGCCACAUCCUCAAGCUUCCGUCGGGCGUCUCUGUCCCGGUCCUUCUCCGCUCGGCAACCAUGGCCGGUGCCAAGAACGUGGCCAAGCCGCCGAACUCGCAGGAGCUCGUCGCCAUCUCCAAGCCAUCUCUCGCACCCGUCGCCGCUGUCGGCCACUGGUGCCUCAAGCUGGCGCACAGCGCGAGCCCGGAGGAGGACAGGGCAUGGAAGGCUUUUUUCGCUGACAUGGACCCCUCCAACUGCAGCGCUCAAGCGUACCCUGCCAUUCAGGUCAAGUACAACAACGGUGCCAACACGGCGCCUAUGCUGUUUGUCGUGGGCAAGAACCAGCUGCCGUUUCUCCACGUCGCCGCCCUCGCGCCCCGCGGCAUCCUCCGCCUCGAACGCAAGUCUCGCAAGGCCACAGAUAUUCCUGUCUUCUUCAAGGCCACAAGGCAAGGCGCGUGGUGCCCCGAAGCCGGUACUGUCCUCGAGGCCAAAGCCGUUCUCACGCAUGUCAAGAGUGCCUCGGUCGAGCCGUGGACCAUCGUCAUGCAAGCACCCGAUGAGGUCGCGACCAAGCACCUCGCCAGCAUCCAUGCCAACCUUGUGAGCAAGCAUAAGAGGGCUAUCCCAGACGUGGACACAGCCUUGGCCUUUGACAUCAAGAUGUCGACAGGCAAUUCCAUGACUCUCUUCCUCUUGGCCCGAGACAAGGGCUUUGUUGUCAUUCGCGGCACUCCCGUCACCACUCGCUCCGUGCCGCCGCACCACACUCAGCGCGAUGUCCAGCCUCAGCCUGUUCCUCGCCGCCCGACCCGCCCCCAUCUUGAUCCGGCCAACUUUGCCCGCCCAGCUGUCGCACAGUCGCUGGCUGCCAACGCCCGCCACCCGCCCCCACCGUCGCUCAUGCCGACCAUGGCCUCGGCACAGACAUCGAUCCCCUCGCUCAACUCGUACAACAGCUCACCAAAGCUGCCCAACAUUCCCACUGCCAACAGCUACGUCUCGCCGCCGCAGGCUAACUACUCGGUCAGCUACGCUGCCGCCGGCCUUGCCCCUCCGCAGCCGGUCCAGACUCCGCCCGCCACCCACACCCGCGGCCUGUUCUCGCGCGCGCCCACGGCAUCUCGUUCCUCAGCCAUCUCGUCGCUACAAGACCCGUCCACCUUCCCCGCACAUCAGAUGCCGCCGGCGCCCGCGAUCCAGAGCUCGGUCUUUCCAUCCAUCCGGGCGCCCAACCCGCCGCCGGCCCGGCCGCCGCCGCCGACCUUGCCGAGCUACGAGCCGUUCUCGGGUCACUUUUCCCACCCCUCGCAGCCGAUGCCCGUGCCUGUUGCCAUGGAUACCGUUCAGUCUGCUCCGCCGCCACCCAGCUCUGUGCCCACCAACCCCACCGACUUGCCAACGCUCAGCACCGACCCGACCUUUAGCGUCAAUGAUGCCUUUGGCUCGGACAUGGGCGACUUCUUCAACCCCUCGUACGGCGCGUCGUCGUCCUCCACCUCGGUCCCCGCCACAGACGACUUUAUCGACGACAUGCUUGCCUGA